CAUAUCGCCCGCUCUUGGUCCUGCACGCCUCUUCCGAGGGCCCUGGCAUCGCUGCCGUCGUUGGAGUGGUCGCUGUCGUUGUCGUGGUGCCUGCGUUUUUUUUUCUUCCUCGCUCCUCUCCAUAAAUCCGGCAUCGGCCCGUUCCCUGAUUCAGGCCCUGCCCUCCUCGCCGUCCGUCCAUCCGACCCCGGCCUUCUCGGCUUUCUUCGUCCCUUCGAUCUGCCUUUGAGUCUGUCGGCCCCUUUCUUGCCGCCCCCCUUCGCUCACGCUCGUCCCUGAUCCCGCCGAUCGCUCCCUCGCGCCUAUCUCGAUUCUCUUGGAAUGCGCCAGCGCUUCGCUCGACAAUGGCUCUGGCUCUGCUUGCUCUUUGUGCUUCCGUUCGCGGCUGCCUUCCCGCUUGAUACCUCCAAGCAGGCCGUUUCCGCCAACGACGGCUCUAGCUCCUUCCGCUCCAGCACUGGCGACUCGCUCGCUCCCGAUACCUCCUGCGUCUGCUCCUGUCCUUGCGGCUCCUCACCCGAUCAUGCCGACGACUCCAAGAGCCGGUAUCACCUUUCUCGCAUCUCUGGCUUGGUAAAGACCAAGAAAGGGAAGCCUGAACACGACCCUCCGGAUCCUGUGGUUUUCUGGUCCACCCUGGCCGCCAUUAUCCUGCUGGUCCUGGGCGGCGGUGUCGUGGCAGGACUGACGAUCGGGCUGAUGUCCUUGGACGAAACCAACCUUUCAAUUCUCAAGAGCUCCGGCAGCGACACCCAGCGGAUCUGGGCCGCCAAGAUCGAGCCGAUUCGCAAGAACGGCCAUCUGCUCCUGGUUACCCUGCUUCUGGCAAACACCAUCGUCAACGAAACCCUGCCCAUUCUGCUCGACUCGAUCCACCUCGACGGCAUCCAAGCCGUCGUCAUUUCCACAGCCCUGGUGGUCAUUUUCGGCGAAAUCAUUCCCCAAGCCCUCUGCGCCCGCCAUGGUCUUCGCAUCGGUGCAUUCUUUGCUCCGGCUGUGCGGGCCCUUAUCUUUGUGAUGUGGAUCAUUGCCUAUCCGAUCGCAAAGCUCCUGGACUAUAUCCUCGGUCACAGUCACGGUGUUGUCUACAGACGAGCGGAACUUCGUGAGCUCGUCGCCCUCCAUGGCGAGGAUCACGCCGGAACCCUUACCAAGGAUGAGGUCUCGAUCAUGAGGGCUGUCCUGGAGAUCCGAGACAAAGGUGUUCAAGACAUCAUGACACCUCUCACCGAUACUUUCAUGUUGUCUCUGAGCGACCAACUGGACCGCACGACGCUGGAAAAGGUCAUCAAGGCCGGCCACUCCAGAGUCCCGAUCUUCAAUAAAUCCCGCGAAUGCAUCAUCGGCGUCAUCAUCGUCAAGCAGCUGGUUAUGUACGAUCCUGAUGACUCUACUCCCAUCUCCCAAGUCAAGAUCCGUCGCCUUCCUCGAGUUGUUGCGGGCACGCCGCUGUUUGAGAUUCUCCACGUCUUUGAAGAGGGCGCAUCACACAUGGCCGUCGUCGUUGAAGAAGUGCGCGCCUCCAAGGAGCUACCUGCAUCGGACCGCGACGAGUUUGAUCAGACCUACGACACUAUUUCAUCAGAUGUGGGCUCGACCCCGCUUUGGAUCCCAUCGCAUCAGCCCCCUUCACCCAAGGCCCACUAUCGAACCAUCGGCAUCGUCACGUUAGAGGAUGUCAUUGAGGAGCUGCUUGGUGAAGAGAUCAUUGACGAGACUGAUGUUUACGUUGACAAUCACACCAAGGUCAAGGUUGCGCGGGCCUUCCACGAACUGGAAAAGAAGCUGAACACGCCGCACGCCGUUUCGACGAUCAACAGCACCCGCCCAUCGCCCACACGCCUCAGCUCCGUGAUCUUCGAACAGCCACCCUUGGAACCCGUUCCGCCUGCUGUCGAUGAGUCGGCACCGCUUCUUGGCGGCACUGCCCAAGUCGAAAGCACAAAUCCGAUCUUUGUGGAAACCAGUAGCAUCCUUUCGAAAAUGACUCAUUAUGGAGCGCUGGCGAACACACCGGGCAUCGUCCACUCGCCAUCGGCCCUCAAUACCGGUCUCAACAACGUCCUCUCUCCUGCAAAAGUUCUGAUGCUGGCCCAGGCAAACGAGCAGGCCGCUCAAGGCGGGCCAUCGACGCAAAGUGGAAGCAGCGCCACUCUUGCCGAUGUCCCCGACGGCGGGCGCACAUCGGCAGUCAACUCGAAGCAGAAAAAGGUCAAGAAACAGCAGCAAAAGGUCCUGAUCCCUGCCUCCGUUUUGGCUUCGGAAGAGCGACUGGCACACCCCAAACUGAGCAAGUCUCCUGGCGCCGCCGAAAACAAGAACUACGCCACAGCGUUACUGAAUGGCGUCAAGCCCCCGAAUCUUGGCAAUUAGCCCACGCAAGGCUCAUCGUGGUAGAGUGAGUGCAGCUCGGCCCCCCCCCCUCAGGCUGCUGCGGAUAUUCGCACAGAUGACGCGAAUCGCAAAGGAGCACUCGACCCGGCGACCGGGCUAUCUUAUUGAUAUCGAUUUACGAGUUUCUGCGAUAGACUGGGUCGGUGUUUGUGGUCGUCAGAUCGAUCUUGAUUCUUGAUUUUUAAUGCUGGCUGCUGUCAUGUAUCGAUACCGUGGCAAUCGGUGCGGUGCGACGAUAUGCGCUGCUUUUUUAUCCUUUGUUUUUGGUUAGGUUUGCUUUGCUUUGCUUUGCCUUGCUUUGGCUGAGGCCCAUCAUACUUGGCUGUCCAUCGUCUCCCGGCCCCUCUCUUUUGCUCAUCGAUCCACGAGUCCGUAUCCACUUUUGCUCCUGGAUGGUUUGUGGUUUCGCUGUGGAUGCAUACAAAUACAUCGAGUCACUUGAUCGAAGUGCUCGCAAGAUGAAGCCGGG